UGAAAAACUACCAGCGGCAUCAAGAUGGCGCCGAAGAUCACGUGUUCUUUUCGCCUUUCUCUCUCACCCCAACAAAGGGAAUGGAACCUUUAAAAGCGCGCGUUUCUCCGGCCAACGAUCAGAGCUCUCCAGCUACCCAUCAAGAUGAAGCCGUCCACACUCCUCACCGCCGCCAUCCUGGCCCUCUACGUUUCGGGGGGCGCCGACGCCUUGUUCCUGACCAGCUUGGCCCUUCUGCCGAUCACCGCGAUCACAAGCCUCGGCGGCAUCGCCGGUCUCAAGCUCGCCAUCGCCAUGAAGAUCCUCGGCAUGCUCGGCUGGUGGAACGUGAGUCGGUAUGGCGUUGGUCUGCGCGCCGACAUAGAGAGCAACAAGCUGCCCGAUCGGCUCGUGCCCCUCCCCAAGCCCAAGAGCAUCUUCUCCGGUCCGACCAUCUCGGUGCCGAUCGCUGCGCUGCCGUACUUCAUCGGGGGCCGCGUGCAGAAGCCGCUCACCGUCCGGCUGCCGGUCAAGGACUUCGUCAUGCUCGCUAAUGCCACGACCCGCUUCGAUUCGCCCAAGGUCAUGUUCUCGUCGCGGGGCUCGGCCAGCGUCAGGGGCAACAAGGGAUCCGCACUUCACGCCUCCGAAACCCUGAAGACGCCCUUCCUCAACAUGGAGGCACAGCAAGCUGCAACGUUGCGCGGCCGACGCAGCAUCGAAGCAGACCCGCAGGUGAUCAAGGACGCCGUCAGCCUGGUGCAUGAGCUGGACAGGGACCGCUGCAUACUGCGCCUGUCGUGCGAGGUCAGCGCGGACGCCUCGAGCUACGGACCGUACGGGCUCCGCGUGGCGUCUUUCAUGCGCAGUCUCGGGCCCGUAGGCAGGGACUCGGCUUUUGUCGACUUCGAGAAGGCCUACAGGCGAGGCAGGUCAUAUGGCGUGCCUGGCUGCGUCCAGACGUACUCUUCGUGCAAGGUGGACCUCAAGGCGCUGGUGGCCUUCGUGCAGUCGUCUUAAUGCC